AUGGCUCCCACAGCGACAACCUCCCUCUCAUCUACGACAAUCUCUUCAACAGCGACUGCAACUUGCCUUAAUAUUGCACCUGGAAAAAAUGGAUAUCUUCCACCAGAGGCAUGCGAUGUCGUACUCUACUAUGUUCCGUCAUUUGCCGCUGCUGUUCUCUUUUGUGUGUUCUAUGGAAUGACCACCCUCACGCAUCUCAUCCAGGCUGUGGUAUACAAGAAGCCUUACGCAUGGGUGGUGAUCAUGGGCGGAGCUUGGGAAUUACUCGCCUUCAUUUUUCGAGCACUUCAAACACGACAUCAAGAUAACGCGAAUUGGGAUACUUUAUAUGUGCUUUUCUUUCUCCUCGCACCGAUCUGGAUUAACGCCUUCCUGUAUAUGACACUCGGCCGCAUGAUUCACUUCUUCCUCCCAGAUCAAAAACUCGUCGGCAUCUCCGCGCGCAAAUUUGGUGUCCUCUUCGUCUGCCUCGAUAUCUUCGCCUUUCUCGUCCAAGCAGCUGGUGCCCUCAUGAGCAGUGCCCAAGAGGGUGGAAGUCUUGUGAUGACAGGGUUGCACAUUUACAUGGGCGGGGUAGGCCUACAGGAGUUCUUUAUUCUUUGUUUCACGGCACUUGCAAUUGAUCUUCAUCGGAAGUUGAUCAGGAUGGAAAAUUCCCACACGGAUUAUAAUGGAAAGCUAAACCAGGGGCCAUUUUCCUGGCGGUGGCUCUUCUAUACGCUUUAUUUUACUUUGGGGAUGAUCACGAUUCGAAUCAUCUUCCGACUCGGCCAAUAUGCCCAGGGUACCUCACCUACAAACCCAAUCCUCACCCACGAGUGGUAUGAAUAUGUAUUCGACGCGGUCCCAAUGCUAGCAGCUCUGGUCGCCCUCAACAUCAUUCAUCCCGGUCGCAUUCUCCAAGGACCAGACUCGGGUUUCAAAGAAGCGCGACGUGCGGAGAAAGAGGCGAACAAAGAGAAGAAACAGCAAAAGAAGAUGGCAAAGGAAGAGAAGAAAUCGCAGAAGAAAAUAGCCAAGGAAGGAAAGAAACAACAAAAGAAAACACGUUCAGGUGACGAUGUUAUUGAGGAAGGGUUUCCUCUUCGCGCUCAUGCUGAGGUGGAGACGUUCUAG